AUGGCGGCGGCUCUGGCGGCGCGUUGCGCGCCCUGGCGAGGCGGCCUGCGGCGCUGGUACCGCACGGAGCGCGGCGUCUACGGCUACAAGCCGCGCAGGGCGGCGGCGGGCGGCGGCGCCGCGGCCGAGGCGCGCGGCACGGCAGUUGACCAUGGGCUUGCUCGUUUAAUAACYGCGUACUCCGAACACGGCCACAAAGCAGCAAAAAUAAAUCCUUUAUUUGCUGGCCAAGCUGUUAUGAACACGGUACCCGAAAUUCGAGAGCUGACAGAAGUUCUUCAGGGGCCUUUCAUUACCACAGGGCUUCUAAACAUGGGAAAAGAAGAGGCUUCCCUACAGGACGUGUUGACAUACCUUGACCAUAUAUACUGCGGGCAUAUUUCCAUAGAAACAAGCCAGCUUCCAACCUUGGAGGAGCGAAAAUGGUUUGCUAGAAGGUUUGAGGAGCUGAAACAGGAAGCAUUUACAACCGAAGAGAAAAAGCAUUUAUGCAAGCUGAUGCUGGAGUCUCAGGAGUUUGAUCGCUUCUUAGCCACGAAGUUUGCCACAGUGAAGAGAUACGGUGGUGAAGGAGCGGAGAGCAUGAUGGGCUUCUUCCAUGAGUUGUUCAAGAUGUGCGCGUACAGCGGGGUGACGGAUAUCAUCCUUGGAAUGCCUCAUCGUGGGAGACUGAACCUCCUCACAGGCUUGCUUCAGCUGCCACCCGAGCUCAUGUUUCGUAAAAUGCGGGGAUUGAGCGAGUUUCCGGAGAAUUCACCGGCCAUCGGGGACGUUCUCUCCCACCUCACGUCUUCUGUCGACCUCGACUUCGGAUCCCACAGGCCGGUGCAUGUCACCUUGCUGCCCAACCCGUCGCACUUGGAAGCCAUCAACCCAGUGGCGGUCGGCAAGACGCGGGGCCGGCAGCAGACGCUGCUUGACGGCGAUUACUCCCCGGAGAGCUCUGCACAGCCUGGGGACAGUGUCAUUUGUCUGCAGGUUCAUGGUGACGCUGCUUUCUCUGGGCAAGGGAUUGUUCCUGAAACACUGACCCUCUCUAAUCUACCACAUUUCAGAGUUGGUGGGAGCAUCCAUUUGAUUGUAAAUAACCAGCUGGGCUACACCACUCCUGCAGAGCGAGGACGAUCGUCUCUGUACUGUAGUGAUAUUGGUAAAAUUGUCGGGUGUGCAGUAAUCCAUGUGAACGGGGAUGAUCCUGAAGAAGUUGUCCGUGCCACGCGGCUGGCUGUUGAGUAUCAGCGGCAGUUCCGUGAGGAUGUGAUAGUUGACCUGCUCUGCUACAGGCAGUGGGGCCACAACGAGCUCGAUGAGCCCUUUUUCACCAACCCCAGCAUGUACAAAAUCAUCCGAUCACGGAAGAGUAUCCCAGACACCUACGCAGAACACCUGGUAGCUGCAGGGCUCAUGACUGAGGCUGAAGUAUCUGAGAUAAAGACAACCUACUAUUCUAAACUCAACGAUCAUCUUGCCAACAUGACUUUGUAUAGUCCACCUCCUACCAACCUGCAGGCUCACUGGAAAGGCCUGGUUGAGCCUUCUGCUAAAAUCACCACCUGGGACACAGGAAUGCCGGUGCCCCUCCUGCAGUUUAUUGGCAUCAAGUCUGUCGAGGUGCCUGAAGAGCUCCAGAUGCACAGCCAUCUUCUGAAGACUUAUGCACAGUCGAGAGUACAAAAGGUGGAGGAGGGAAAAAAACUGGACUGGGCAACAGCAGAAGCUUUAGCCUUCGGUUCGCUUCUGAGUCAAGGGUUUAAUGUCAGACUAAGUGGACAAGAUGUUGGCAGAGGAACCUUUAGUCAACGACACGCAAUGUUGGUUUGUCAAGAGACAGAUGAUACCUACAUACCUCUGAAUCACAUGUCCCCAGACCAGAAGGGUUUCCUGGAGGUGAGCAACAGUCCCUUGUCUGAAGAAGCUGUGCUUGGCUUCGAAUAUGGAAUGAGUAUUGAGAGCCCCAAGUUGCUACCAAUUUGGGAAGCUCARUUUGGAGACUUCUUUAAUGGAGCCCAGAUAAUAUUUGACACUUUUAUCUCUGGAGGUGAAGCAAAAUGGCUUCUGCAGAGUGGAAUAGUAAUUCUUCUUCCCCACGGCUACGAUGGAGCAGGCCCUGAGCACUCUUCCUGCCGGAUGGAGCGUUUCUUGCAGAUGUGUGACAGCACAGAAGAGGGAGUUGAUGGAGACCAGGUGAACAUGUCCAUUGUGCAUCCCACCACUCCCGCACAGUAUUUCCACUUACUGCGGCGGCAGAUGGUCCGAAACUUCAGGAAACCUCUGAUUGUUGUAUCUCCCAAAGUGUUACUCAGGCUUCCUGCUGCUGUGUCCAGCUUUGAAGAAAUGGCUCCGAGGACAACAUUUAAGCCUGUCAUUGGUGACUCCUUGGUAGAUGCUAAAAGGGUCACCCAAGUGGUUUUGUGUUCCGGCAAACAUUACUAYGCUUUGGUAAAACAGAGGGAGACAYUAGGAGAGAAGCAACACAGCACAGCUAUUGUGAGGCUUGAAGAGCUGUGUCCUUUCCCCCUGGAAGCUCUACAGCUGGAGCUGAGCAAAUACAGCUGCGCCAAAGACUUUAUUUGGAGCCAGGAAGAACCACAGAACAUGGGUCCUUGGUCCUUUGUGUCACCACGGUUUGAAAAACAGCUGAGAGUUAAGCUCCGUCUUGUGAGCAGACCUCCUUUACCAGCCCCAGCAGUUGGCAUUGGAACCCUGCACCAGCAGCAGCAGGAAGACAUUCUUACCAACACGUUUGUCUAAGGGCUUUCAGCAGACAGACAAACUGCUUCCACUGUGGGUCAAGUUUGUUACCUCCUCCUGCGAAGAACAACAGAAACCAGACUCUUAAUCUCUAAGACAGAGAACAAAUUUUACAAUGAUGAGCCAAUCUUUACAUGUGGGGGAUACACGAGGACGACAGCUGAUGCCUGUUACUCUAGAUAUUUCUUGCUGUCCUCUUGUAUUUUCUACAGAUUUUUUUAAAAGAAAAAAAUCCAGUGCGGGGGCAGAUCAGUGAGGUAGAAUAUGUUGGGUCAGGGUGUUUGUUUGUACUUGACAGCUCACGGGGAUGGAUGUGUGGAUUUUCCACACAGCAUGUGUGGAAAUGGUGUCUUUGUUCCACAGAGGUGCUAGUGUUGUUUGUUUGAAUAAACCCUGCUACCUGCCUGRGAAUGAGCCAUUGCUGUGGCAAAGUUGUGGGGUUUCCAUUUCUUUCAAGGAUUAAAUCUGAUGUGUCUGUUGGUGCUCUUCUCAAGCCAUGCUCUAAAGGGAGCAGGAGUUGCUAAAGCAGAUUUCCUGGGAAAACCUCCCAGAAGAGACCUUGAAGGCUUGGGGUACCACUGUUUCUCUUGCCUGGAGAAGUGGCACCUUCCUGGGAAGCUUCCAAGCUGGGAGACUUGCUGCAGGACUAAACAAAGCACUUUGGGGUCUGAAGCCUGAAGAAUGGUGCUGUCUCCUACCCAAAAAGAACUAAUUCUAAGUUUCCCUCUUGUAGUUUGUUAUUUAACCCCCAAACUGCAAUGCUGAUGUGAUCCAUUGGUCUAGUCUUCUGUGUUGACAAGGAUUUUGUAACUCUUAUUUGGCUUUACCAGUGAAAAAUGCACUUAAGAGGCCAUUUCUUUUCCAGUCCCAGGCAGCUGUGCUGUUUCACCAUUUCAUGUGGAUGUGACCUGUUUCCA